AUGGCCCUCUGGCCGUUUCGCAGGAAGCCGGUGCAUUCACCGUCGCGCACUCCCCACGAUGACGGCGAAGACUCUCCAACGCUGAACCGCAUUAUUUCAAUCCGCCACACCUCCAGCCGCCACAAUCGCUCCAGCACCCCCGUACCUCGAGCCAGCGUCCGCAAAAAGCAGCGCCCUGAGCCCAACAAGCUCCAGAGACGCGUCAGAACCUAUAGUUUCUCUCCCAACCGCCACGAAACAAUUCGAGUCGACCCAAGGGGUCGGCCACAACAAUGCCAACACCCUGAAGGCAAUUCGCCCUGGAACCGCGCUCCAACCCUAUAUCUGAAGCGUGAUCCCAAUCACCCGCCUGUCGCAAGGCGUAAAAGUAGCAAGCGCCGUCAUGAGGACCACGAGCGAGAGGCAGAAAUCAAGGCCAUGAGCCAGUAUAUGCCCAAAGUCCCUGCCGACCGCUUACAUCCUGGCAGUGGCAAGUACAGCAUCAAGAGGAGUAAAACCAGCCAACAUUCCGACCAAGUUAGCAAGAGAACGUCGGAUAUCUCGCUCCCUCUACCGGACUCUCUGCAAUCAAGCUUGUCUGGAGACUCCGACAUGACCUCAUACCAAGUUUCCAUUUUUGAUGCUCUCGCUCCCCGACCGACACUUCGUUAUGGUACUGGCAUCAAAAGGACACCCUCGCGCGCGUCCGCGUCGGUGUCCGCGCAUCAAACCUCGCCCAAAGGACUGCUCUUGGAAGGCAAUGCCAUCUCAGAAGAGGUCAUGCACCCCCGCAAACGCAUCGAUGACUUGGCCGAUGAUCUCGACGCCAAGGCGCUCCGCGAGCUGAUGGACAGGGACACCAAGAGACGCGAGCGCGCUCGUACCCGAGAGCAGGCCAAAACGGAGAAGCGGAUUGCCGAUGCGGCCGAACGCCACAGACAAGACGCAGAUGCUGCGAGAAAAUCCGGAUCGCCUUCUCCCUCCAACAUGGAGCGUGGCGUUAUGGGUCGUGAGCUUGUCGGCUUGGGUCUAGAUCCUGCAUCGGCGGUUGUCACUUCCUCUCGCCAGCGGACCUCUCAAUAUUCCGAGCCUGCGAAGGCUGACGAGUUGCAGACACCCCUUCAGGUAUUUCACCGGGUCGAUACUCUCCCUAAAGAAGAUGUCGAGCAUGAGACCGAAGUAUCACCUGGGCAUCCUGUGGCUCCGUCAUUUGAGCAGGAAGAGCCUGUUUUAGCCGCGCCGACAGCUUCUCGCUUGUCAGGUCUAUUGAGACCAAAAAAAUCACGCUCCAAAUCUACCCUCGGGUCCGAAAAGGACAAGCUUGCAGUCCCUAAUGACGGCGACUAUGCACGAAAGGGUUCUGAAGCGAGCAUCGGCAAAGUGACUCGCCUGUCUAUUUCGUCUUUAUUGAAAUGGAACAGCAGGAAUAAGCGCGGCUCUGGCCCCUCAUCAUUCUCUAACACCUCGAGGGAGGAGAUGCAGGCAGUGGCCUCGGCCCAAGCGCAAGCCGAGGCACUAGCCAAACUUCAGGGAGACGAUUUUCGCAGCGGCUCUGCCGAUAAUCUGCGUAGUGGCAGCUCCCUGUCCGGCAACUACGUCGCUGGCAAACCCGGCGCUGGGCCGAAGCGCACGCGCUCGCGAUUCCGCGAAGACCUCGACGACUUCCCAACUCCACCGGACUCACGCGUGCAGUCGCCCGACGCAGAACCCGCCGUGCCCGUCGUUCCCGACACAAAGUAUGAUCAUGGCACUCAGCCCAUUGCUAUCCCAAGCCAGGGAACGCCGACCACAUCUGGACAGCGUUCCGUUGAGAAGCUGCGAGAGAGAGCGUUGACGGAAGGCUCAGGAAGCUACACCGCACCUUCGCCAGAGCAGCAUCUGUCCAUGUCUCUCGCGUCGAUUGAUUCGGAAGGCUCCUGGCUUUCAGGUGGUGCUGGUAUUCGGCGAUCUGGCGCGAUGAGAGACAGCCUCCUGCGCGCCAACCGCCAGGCUCAGCGCGAUACCUCCCCGACUCGAAGUCUUGAUGAGGAUCUGGGAAUCACCGAGGACGAAUACAUGACGCGCCUCACUCCCACCCACCAAUCUCAUGGAGCUUUCAAUAGGCGCUCAGAGGAAGGUCGUCCAAGCAGUGACGAGGACGAGAGUGAUUUGAAAUGGGGUGCGGUCGGUGCCCGACCACAGUUUAUUCAUCGAGUCAACCGUGGAACGGUGCACAGCCAGCAAGCCCUAGUCAAUAUUGAUUCUGCGGACGAGGAAAGCAUCAUCGAGGCCUCCACAAUCGCUCUCUCUCGGCGUGUUGUCGCAGCAUUGCCGCCAAAAUACUCUCAGUCGCCGCAGGCCUCCCUACAGAGGACCGACAUUGCCACGCAGACCCAACUCCACGCUUCGCUGCUUUAUGUUGCUUUCCUGUACACAUGA